AAUUAUUUAUCCAUAUUAAUUAAAAAAAUAAAUAUGAGUAAUAAACUAAAAAAAUAUUACAAAUAAGUCACCUACAUGCAAUCAAUCAAAAAUUUGUAUUUACGAUAAACGUCUGAGAUUUCAAUCGUUAAAUUCCGUCGGAACCGCCGUGCUAAUAUCAAUCGAAUCGAGUUUUUCUUGUUUCCUUUUUCCGUUUCCAUUGAUCCCUUCCCAGCCAUGCGGUAUAAACAGACCCAUCCAGUAUCCACUAAAGCCGGCGGGCCCGUAAGACAGCGUAUCGAGGAAUGGGAGGAGGGGGCAGAGCUUGCAUUAAGGGACUACAACAAGAAACAUGGGACUGACUUGGAGCUUGUGAGGGUAUUGGAAGGCAAUGUAUGGGCUACGUGGACCCUUGGUGUUGGAGUUGAUUUUACGCUAAUCCGCGGACUUUGGAAGCAUUCCAAUUUUGUGGCUAGGUGGAAAAAGGUGGGUUCCAGUAACAAAAAGCACAAAAAGCCACUCGUGUUCUUCGCUGAAUCAUAUCACGAUAAUAGGGAGUUUAAGCACACUAAAUUGUCUCUCGUGGAACCCUCUUAUUAUUCAGGGGACAAAUUUGUUGAAGGAAGCAAUAUUAAUCAUGGAUAUGGUUGUACUUGUGCAUCUUGCAUUUGGUGUCCGAGACCAGGAUUUCGUGCUGGAUUUUAUCCUGUGAAAAAGGCCUGCGAGUCGAUCAUAUUGUCCGAACAAGAUGCCACUGGAUUUGCAGAAUUUGCAAUACAGGACUACAAUGAGAAACAUGGAAUAAAUUUGAAGCUCGAAAGGGCUCUGGAGUGCAAUAGGUUUGAAUGCUCUGGUCUUUUAAUGGACUUCACUAAAAAGAAGACAACUUGGGUGCAUAUGAACUUAGUGGCAAGUGUGGGCCCCAAAGAAGAAUUACACGUUUUGUUUGCUGAGUUCUAUUUAUCGGAUGUUGCUGAUGAUGAGUAUGUGCUUGCGACAUUGGCACUGGUGGAUACUUCUUGGGAUUAUUGUGUCAGUAAAAGAGAUGGGCUGUGUUGUCGUUUCUGCCCAGACGAUAUUCGUCAUCCAAUGAAAGGGCGUUUCUGUUUGCUGGAAGAAGACGAGCCUUUCGGCUUCUGACUAACUGAAUGGUUGCUUGUCUUACUUUGUUUUAUGACUUAUUACAUGAUUUUAUGGUGUGUGCUUCUGACUAAAUGAACUCUGAAAUGAACACUCUUGCAAGUCAUUGGGCUUCAAAUUGUUCGUGCUGGUGUUGCAAGUAUUGUGUGGCUGCAAGAGAUGUGAUUGAUUAUUGUUUAGUGUUUAUAUAAUAUGGUAAAUUCUAGUUUUGUAUCAUCAGGGGCUCCAAUCUCUCUUAUUGAGGCUUAAAUAUAUAUAUAUAUAUAUAUAUAUUGUUUAGUUGUGUUGGGUAUAUACCACAAAUCACCAGUGGAUGCUUCUGACAGAGUUGGUUAUUUUUAAUUAAAUGUUUUGUUUAUACAUAACUGAAUGCUCAUGAUUAUUUUGCAUAAUAUUCAUUGAUUUCUAUUUGCUAUUUUUCUAUAAAGUAAUAGUUGAUUUCAUUACAAAAUUAA